GCCCAAAUCCUUUUAGCCUUUUUGCCUACUCGAGGUCCUCUAUCGAAUGAUGUAUGAACGAACGAAAUCGGAGCCGGACACCUGGGGCGGUUCCCUCGUCAGAUACACUGAAAAUCAUUUUCUAUACACAAAGAUCCAACUCUUUCUAACUUUCAAGCCAACAUUGGUUUAAACUGUUUUUAUUUAGAAUAAGAAAUAACUAGUAAUGAUCAUAAGCGAGUGGGGAAGCACUCAUGAUAGUGAUCAUUAUUUUGUAUAGAUGAAAAGCAGAAUAUAAGCAACAACAAAAAGAGUAAAAAACUAAAAACGAAGAGAGAAAACGAACAGAAAUAUAAGAAACACAAGUUUCGCAUGAACCUUGUUUAGAAAUCAGUAUAAGCUGUAGUUGUAUGAGGAGGCAAGCACAUCGGAGGUGGAGAGAAAGGAUCAAAACUAUUUUUUCCUUUUAAAUUUUGCUUAGGCAGGUAGAGUACCGUUUAAAAUCGUCUUGUUUUAUCAAUAAAACAAACAACAGCAUCAUGAAUUUCUUUCAUUUCAUUCAGACUUAAAGAUUUGCUAAUAGCAAAAGAUCUAAUGUUACUGCACCUAAAUGAUUAAUUGAAUCAAAUAGAGCUUUCCUGUCUGUGCUGUACCGCGAACAAUGAAAAAAAGUAAUGGAUCAAACUUUCUCUUCUACCGCAGGCACAGAAAUCAGUACCACUGCUUUUUAAAAUAUUUUUCUCGCUUAAACAUUGUUUUAGAGAAGGAAGAUGAACUCUGCAUCUUGUGUAGGCCACCUCCACAUGACGGGGAACAUUUAUAUGCAAAUAUUUCCGUAUAUCACGACUUUCAUUUAAAACAUGACAAUAAUCAUUUAAUUUUUGCCUGAAAAUUCUUAAUCACUGUAAAAUUUUGCAUUCGGUCCAUGUGCUUCAGAGACUUACUACAAGAAAUCAACUUUCCAGAAAGUAAUCGGGAUACUGAAAGAGUCAAAAAACCAUGGAGGAAAGCUUGGAGAAACUGACUAGUAGAAAAGUUCCAACAGUAGAAAAAGUGAGAUAGAAUCGAUCUUAUCCGUCUUGCUCCUCUCAGUCAAGUACUAUCUCUAACAAACAAGGGCCAGCAUCAACCACUUACAGCAUUCAUUAACAGAAGAAGAAAAAGAAAUGAAAAAAUGAUGAAAUGAUAAAUAGAAGAAAGAGAAGAAGAGUAAAACAUUCUGAUAUUAUGUUAGAGCGAAUGUGUUGAUAUGAGAUGGCAUAAUAGCAGCUACUAUGUUUUUUUCUAUCUGUUUCAUAAAUGUUUUGUUUAGAUAUUAAGUAAUGCAAAAUAAAUCGACGAAAACAAACAAAUGUUGUCCAAUCUACUUGGAUGGCAAGAAUAGAAGAUUUGGACAUAUUCGUUCCUAUUUUAAAUAUAAAUUCGAUAAUCUAUUUUCUCUUGGUCUAGUUUUUAUUAUUCCUUUCUUAACGGUCAUAGCCGCAUUUAUAAUAUUACUAUUUAGUAUUAUUUAUUAUUUUUCUGGUCAGACAGACAGCUAUGAAGACGCAUUAUGGGAAACAUUUACGCGUACACUUGAUCCAUGUGCCGCUGCAGAGGAUACAGGUGUAGAACAUCGAAUUAUAUCUGGAAUUGUAAUACUUUUUGGACUUGUCAUUGUUGCAAUAUUAAUUGGUGCAAUAGUCACUUUUAUGGACGCGAAACUAGGUGAAUUAAGAAAAGGACGAACAACAGUUGUUGAACACAAUCAUACAAUUAUUUUAGGAUGGUCACCAUUAAUAUUUGAUAUUAUUAAAGAAUUAAUUAUCGCUAAUGAAAGUCAACGUAAUCCAUCAGUUGUUAUUUUAGCCGACAAAGAGCGUGCUGAAAUGCAAGAUACAAUUAAAGAUAAAGUAAUUAAUUACAAAAAUACAAGAAUUAUUUGUCGAAGUGGUGAUCCGAUGUUGAUGAACCAUUUAAAUAAAUUGGGUCCUAACCAAGCACGAUCCAUUAUUAUAUUGGCACCUCAAACGAAUAAUCCUGACGUUCGAGUAAUAAAAACAAUAUUAGCAAUAAGAAAUAAUCCACAAAGAACUAAAAUUAAUUUUCAUAUUGUUGCUGAAAUAACCGAACGAAUUAAUUUAGAUAAAUCAUUUGAAACAGCUGCAAUUAUUGUACAACUUUGUGGAGACGAAGUUAUGUUUGUCCAUGCCGAUGAAAUCAUUGCACGUAUUAUGGCUCAAUCAGGUCGACAAAGUGGUUUGGCUGUUAUAUUAUCAAAUCUAUUAUCAUUUCGAGACGAUGAAAUUUAUUUUAAAUAUGAGAGAGCACUUAUUGGUAGAACAUUUCAUGAUGCUCUAUUUGCAUACGAGAAAUGUUCGGUAAUUGGACUGAUGCUAUCCGAUGGAACAGUUAAAAUGCUUCCUCCAUUGGAUACAGUAAUCAAUAUAGAUGAUCAAAUAAUAGUUAUAGCUGAAGAUGAUGCUAAAGUCAUAUUAUCAUCUAAUUAUGUAGCAUACAUAGCUAAAUAUUCUUCUCCAAUAUCACAGUCAGUAAUAAAUCUUAGUACAAUUCAACUAGCAAGAGCCACAGCAACAAAAGUAGAACGAAACAUUAUAUGUGGCUGGAAUAAUAAAACCCCGUUAAUAGCUAAAGAAUUGGAUAGUUAUGUUUCUCAUGGUAGUGAACUUCAUAUAUUAACAAAUUCUGUUGAAGCCAAGAAAUUCGUAUCUAACCAGUUAGUCAAUGAAUUAAAACACCAAAAAUUAUAUUUUCAUUCAGGUCAUAUGACACGUCGGCAAGAUUUGGAAAAACUAAAUUUAUCAAUCUAUAAUUAUGUUAUGCUAGUACCCAGUGAAGACGGUCGAGAAAAAAAUUUAGGAUCAGUUUGUUAA